UUUCAUCGUGGUUUUCAUUAGUUGCCAGUGAAGUGAAAUACAACAAAUUAACACAGUGUUCUCCGCUCGUAGGAGGCACGUGGUGCAUUAGAAUCACACACACUCUGACGGCUUCUUUUGAACGGUGAGUUUACCGCCAUGUUAUCGUCUGUCCCGAGCAGGCUGUUUGUACGAAGGUCGCGCAGUCUGUCGCCGUGUAGCCGCCUGCUACAGACCACCGUCGGCGAUGCUUCACUGCAGGAGACCAACCGAAACCCCAUCGUGUCCACGUCGCGUGUCUCCAAGAGGAGCAUUCUAUCUGAGGAGACCCUGACCACUAGCGGGAACCGGUCCAUGCACUACCACCACCUCGCCCCUAGGUGGCUGUCCAAUCUUGAGGACCGGCGCAACUCAUGGGCGGCGUUGGCCAGCAGAGGGCGCGAUAACAACAGGUUUUGGGAGGAGUGCAGUGGUCAGGACCGGGGAUCAGGCGGAGGUGCGAGCCGGGCAGGAGUGUCUGCUGUCGGUGUGCUGUCUGCUGCAGCCGUGGCUUUCUGCCUCCAGAAUAACUUCGACAACAAAGGUGAAGCUCUUCUGGAGGCAGCAAGGACCAAUAAUUAUCAAGAUGUGGCCAGAUUGUUAGAUGAGGGGGUAGAUCCAAAUCAUCGCCAUCGUUUAGGAUGGACUCCUCUCAUGGUGGCUGCCAUGAACCGUCAGCACAGUGUAGUGAAGGUUCUCCUUGAAGCUGGUGCCGACCCAAACACUGGAGAUUAUUUCAACAAUGUUUAUGACACCUCACGGGAGAAAGGAAUCCACUCACUGGAAGUCUUGGUGUCCAGAGAAGAUGAAUUCAGCAGCAGGCUCAGCACCAGGGCUGCUUUCCGUGGUUGUACAGCACUUCACUAUGCCACACUGGCUGAUGAUCCACGCACCGUCCGCAUGCUGCUUGAGGCUGGUGCCAAUCCUCUGCAGACCAAUGGAUUGGGACACACGGCACGGGCCUAUGCCAAGGAGGGAGAAGUGAGCAAACUACUGCAGGAGUGGGAGGGAAAGUUCCAGGAGGUGGUAGCUCGGCAGGAAGCGGAGGAGAGAAGGAAGUUUCCACUCGAACGGAGGCUGAAGGAGCACAUCAUUGGGCAGGAAGGAGCCAUCAAUACUGUGGCUUCAGCCAUCAGGAGGAAAGAGAAUGGGUGGUACGAUGAAGAGCACCCACUUGUAUUCCUCUUCCUCGGGUCCUCAGGAAUUGGAAAGACAGAGUUGGCCAAACAAGUGGCUCGCUACAUGCACAAGGACAUCAAAAAGGGUUUCAUCCGUAUGGACAUGUCGGAGUUCCAGGAAAAACAUGAGGUAGCGAAGUUCAUUGGCUCUCCGCCGGGAUAUGUGGGCCAUGAGGAGGGAGGUCAGCUAACCAAGCAGUUGAAGGCGUGUCCCAGUGCAGUUGUCUUGUUUGACGAAGUGGAUAAGGCUCACCCUGAUGUCCUCACCAUCAUGCUGCAACUCUUUGAUGAGGGGCGUCUUACAGACGGAAAGGGGAAGACCAUUGAAUGUAAAGACAGCAUCUUCAUCAUGACAUCUAAUGUUGCAAGUGACGAAAUCGCCCAGCAUGGAUUGCAACUCCGCCAGGAAGCUGAAGAGGUUAGCCGCAGAAAGCUGGCCGAUACCCUCGAUGAUGUGCAGAAGAGUGAUGACAUCCAAAUCUCCAGACAGUUUAAGGAGUCAGUGAUUAGACCAAUCCUGAAGGCUCAUUUCCGGAGAGACGAGUUUCUUGGUCGGAUAAAUGAAAUUGUUUACUUCUUGCCAUUCUGUCACUCAGAGCUGAUACAGCUGGUCACUAAAGAGCUCAACUUCUGGGCAAAGAAGGCAAAGCAACGCCAUGACAUCACUCUUCAGUGGGAUCGCCCAGUUCUGGACCUGUUGGCGGAUGGCUAUAACGUACAUUAUGGAGCACGCUCCAUCAAACAUGAGGUUGAGCGGCGGGUUGUCAACCAGUUAGCUGCAGCAUACGAGCAGGAGCUGCUGCCUAAAGGCUGCACGCUGCGUCUUUCUGUCCAUUCAGAAGGCGACGAGGGGAAACAUGCACCCAGUCUCCGUCUAGAAGUGGUGGGAGAGGACAGCUCCUCGAGAACACUGGACAUCCGCCCGCUGCUCACUCCUGAUCAGUAAUGACCACACUGUGCUCAUAUUUUCUCAGUCACGACUGCACCUUGUCACUGGUCAUCGUCUCUUGAUGCACAUCAUCUCCAUGCUUCUGUUUCACAGAGUCUGUACACGUUAUUGCCUGAAAGUACACGUGUUUGACUUCGUCUGACACAAUGCAAAUAUCCCUAUUCAUCAACCAGUGUCAGGAAGGACUUUUCAUGAUGAAUAUUUUAAAUAAAUGUACUGUAAAUAUGUAACGUGUGCCUCACUCAUUUAUCACACAGUUGAUGUAAUUUAAUGCCAGUAUGCUGUAGAGUUUGUUUGUUUGUGACUUUGUUUCAUUCAAAAAAAGCAGUUGGUAGAGCAGCAGAUUUAAGAUGUUAAUUAAAUGAUGAGCUCUGUGGACACAGUCUCAUGAUGUAAAAGUUGUCAGAAGUCACUGAAUGUCUGCAUGUCUUCACAGUACACAUUCACUCAGCUUUGUGAAAUUCAAACGUCUCACCAGUUAAUACGAGCUGUCAUUUUAACAAAAGUAUUUCUGUAUAUUUGUAGGCACUUAAAGCAUCAGAAUGUCCACUCUGAAUGCUUCUGUUUGCUGUAGCAGCAGAGCUACACUGAUGCAUAUAAACAAGCCUUUAUUAAUUUCAUUUUAGUUAAAAAAUAAAAUAAAAUAAAAUGCAUUACUGGAGAAAUCCCAAGCAAAAUAUAUCACAGUCUGUUUGAAUUAUGGGUGAGAUUACGGGUUUGUGAAUUAUUUUGGUUGAUGUAUGUGGGUGUAUAAGAGUCAGGACAGAUGUACCGUGUUAGACUUUGCAGGCGCUUUGAUCUGUGAAAAGAAAUUUGCAGAGAAUAUUGAAACAGUUGUAUCAUAAAUGUUUGAACAGGAUGCUGACAAGGCGUGAAAUGUAAUGCCCGACGUCCACCAUGUAAAUAAAGUCAUCGCAACAAAAAGGGAAA